UCUGUGGGGUGAUAUUCUCCAUUGAAUAACCCAAUCAUCCACCUACAAUGUCAGGACGCGGCAAACAAGGAGGCAAGGUUCGGGCUAAGGCCAAGACACGCUCAUCCCGGGCUGGUCUGCAGUUCCCAGUCGGUCGUGUUCACCGCCUGCUCAGGAAGGGCAACUAUGCCGAGCGGGUCGGGGCCGGAGCUCCAGUGUAUCUCGCCGCCGUCCUCGAGUAUCUCACGGCUGAGAUCCUUGAGCUGGCCGGCAACGCCGCCCGCGACAACAAGAAGACCCGCAUCAUCCCCCGACACCUCCAGCUGGCUGUACGCAACGACGAGGAGCUCAACAAGCUGCUGGGCGGCGUCACCAUCGCCCAGGGAGGAGUCCUGCCCAACAUCCAGGCCGUGCUGCUGCCCAAGAAGACCGAGAGCCACAAGGCCACCAAAUCCAAGUAAUCCCGAUCGCUUCAUUCCCCAACACAACAAAGGCUCUUCUCAGAGCCACCCACCUCUCCAUACAAAGAGCCCGACACACAUAAAAUUGUUUCCAUUCCUAUUCUCCGAUAUUUAUAAUGUGGUAAAUGGUUCACUCUAAAAGCAAACACUUUGAAUGUAUUCAUUACAGGUAGGAAGAUUCAGCCGCAUUAUACCUCGCCAUACAAAGAGACGCACACCCAUUGUUAUUGGGAGAUCUGAUUGUAAAAAUAGACAACCAAAAGUGAUGUUUUGUUUUACAUGUUGGAAAUAAAACGGUUCCUCUGACUAGGUGUGAUCCCGAUGGGGGGACAAUGUGUUGGGAUGACACGUGUCAGUAAUAAUAAAUGGUGAUAGAUUGUAUAUUGGAACGCUUUCAGUGUCGUAUUAUAGAGCAAUGUGAUCUCAUUACAUGGAUUUGAAUCUCCUCCAUCUCUUGGUUCUCAUGGAUUUCUUCUUAAGAUCACAAAUCAUUCUUCAAACUGGAAAGGAGCCCACUGAUCUCAUCCCCUUUCUUCACACCUCCCACAUGGAAAGACAAUGAUAAACUGUCCCCUUCAUUUCAGUUUAAUUCCCCAACAAUAACCUGGAAAUUGUAUUUUUUUGUACUGCAGAUCAUUAGAAAAUCUCCUGAACACGUGUUGUCUCCUC